ACCUCCCAUCAUCACCAACCAAUUUUAUUUUCCAACUCUCAAACCUUUCAACUCCCCCGUACAGACUUCAAGCCGAGGGCACAUCCCCAACAUGGCCCAAUCCACCGCCCACCGCCGCCUCCUCCAAGAAUACCGCGCCCUCACAAACAACCCGCCCGAAGGCAUCACCGCCGGCCCCGUCUCGGAAGACGACCUCCUCCACUGGGAAUGUCUCAUCCAGGGCCCCGAGGGAACGCCCUUUGAGGGCGGCGUGUUCCCGGCCGAGCUCAAGUUUCCAAAGGACUAUCCGCUGGCGCCGCCGUCGAUGAAGUUUCUGGCCGACAUGUGGCAUCCCAACGUCUACCCCAGCGGCCUCGUCUGCAUCUCCAUCCUCCACCCCCCCGGCGACGACCCCAACCACUACGAACACGCCUCCGAGCGCUGGUCGCCCAUCCAGUCCGUCGAAAAGAUCCUCAUCUCCGUCAUGAGCAUGCUGGCCGAGCCAAACGACGAGAGCCCCGCCAACGUCGAGGCCGCCAAGAUGUGGCGCGAGCGCCGGGACGAGUACGAGAAGACGGUUCGCGACGGCGUUAGGCGCAUGCUGGGGUUGUAGAAAUUCUUACUAAAGAGAAGAGGGGCAAUAUAAACAGCCGCUGUGCGAUGAGAUGGGAGUUUAGAUCCACGGACAAAAGGGGGGGGUUACAUCUUCGAAUUUUCUCAAAUUAUAUACGUAUAUACGAUAGGUAUGAAAUAGGGGCAUAGCAUGGCGUAUGGGCAAAGUAAAUCCAAAUAAAGAGCAAAUAUCUGAUCAUCUGAGCAAACACUCAAGUCAAUGUAUCCAUCGUCCAACACCGUAAUGAUCAUGGU